CGCAACACCCAGCUCACCCUCGCUUUUCUCUCUUCCUCCCCCCCUCCCGCGCCCUCCACCUCAAAAUUCCCCUAGAUCCCUUUAUUCCUCCAUCCCUCGUCAUCUCGCCCGACAGGCCAGCGGAUCUUAUUCUUGUCCGUGGUUCCCUCCCUUCUUACCGACCUCCUACUACUUCACCACUCGCUUUUUACACUCGCUCAGCCAGCUCACUCACUUUACUCCCUCGUCCUUCUCCUCUCCUCCCCCCCCUUACCUUCCCUGUCCUCGACGCUUUGUCCACCGUUUCGAAUUUGUUUGUUUUUGUUGUAAUAAUUCCUGGACAAACCACACUCGUUCAUCGUUCUACAUACCGAGACCCCCCCCUUUCACGCUGGCGGCUCCAAAUUCGUGGGACAGCUGGGAAGUCGCCAGAGGCUACGACUCCCAAUCGCGUCCCGGUUCAUCUCUAGCCCAACACCCGCAACAACAGCAGCAACCUCCUCGACAUACUGUCGCCUUCCUCCCGACCUCCAACGACAGUACAAAUCCUGCCACAGCUGCGUUCGCCGACGACAUGGAGGAAGAUGGCACCAACAACCAGCUCCUACGACCCCUAUCACAACCCGCGUUGAACUCACGAUUUCCUUCGCUACGACGUUUAAACUCGACCGAGCCAUAUAGGCACCGCUCUCUACCUGCCGAGCCCUCACCUGGCUCUGACCGCGCCAGCAGUGAGAUUACCUUCGCUGUCCUCUACGACGACCACCCAGACUAUCACCUUGGCCGCUAUGAUGAUCAGGGAUCGAUGCGAUCCGCCCAAAACAGAGAUUCCCUGGCUUCCUAUGCCCCGUCCUUCCGCACCCGCGACUCGAGAAUAGUGAGCGACGACCACUACCUCAACCGAGACCAAGACUUUGUAGCAAACCAGAGACUACUGGCCGAAGGCUACCUGAACAACAAUGAUUCUCUCUACGACCAAUCGGUUCCUCGAUACCCGACGCAAUCGGAGGAGACCCUGGCCAUGAACACGCUACACAACUCCUACCCCCGAGAUGAAAAGAGACCACUUUCCCAGCAAAUGACCCCCCCAAUGGACCGAGAACACAGUAAACAUUCCCACGAGUCAUGGUGCACGUGUGACGAAGAUCAUGGCCACGGCAUGAUGGACAGGAAAGACCCUGCCAAAUUCGACAUCGAAGCUCAAAAUGGUCCUGCCACUCCCACUCCUUUCUUGCCCAAGGAGAAACCGGGCGGUGGUCCUGGACCACGUGGCCCUGGCGGUCCUGGCGGUCCAGGUGGUCCUCCAAACGACGACCCAUUCCUGGUCAAAUUCAAUGGGCCCGAUGACCAACUGAACCCCAAGAACUGGCCUUCGAAUAAGAAGUGGGCCAUAACAAUGCUUACCGCCUCCUUUACAUUCCUCUCACCCCUAGCGUCGUCCAUGGUCGCCCCUGCCCUUCAACAGAUCGCCAGAGAAUUCCACAUCACCAACCAGAUAGAAUCCCAGAUCGUCCUCUCCAUCUUCGUCUUGGCAUAUGCGAUCGGUCCUAUGAUUCUCGGUCCGCUCUCUGAGCUGUACGGCCGUGUGAUCAUCCUCCAAUCCUCCAACGUGGUGUUCUUGGCUUUCAACACUGCCUGUGGCUUCGCUCAAACCAAGGAGCAACUGAUGGCCUUCCGAUUCUUGUCCGGUCUCGGAGGUUCCGCACCCCUUGCUAUUGGUGGUGGUGUCCUGGGUGACUUGUUCAAACCCGAAGAACGUGGCAAGGCCAUGGGUAUCUACGCCAUGGGCCCUCUGCUUGGCCCUGCUGUUGGUCCUAUUGUGGGUGCCUGGGUGGCCGAAAAGUCCGACUGGAGGUGGAUGUUCUACGCCACUUCGAUUGUCAACUGCUUCAUUCUCGUUGCCGGCUUCUGGAAACUCAGCGAGACCUACACCCCCUAUAUCUUGCACAAGAAGGCCAAGAUGAUCCGCAAACAGACGGGCGACAAACGGUGGCAUGCCGAUGGUGAGGGUGAAGUUGACCAGCCGGUAUGGAAGAAGAUCGUCAAGACAAUGGCUCGAUCCUUCGGCAUGUUGUUCAGCCAACCCAUCGUGCAAGUGUUGGCUUUGUACAUGGCCUUCUCCUACGGCAUCCUCUACCUUGCGCUUUCCACGUUCCCCGAUCUGUACGGUAAUAUUUACCACGAAAGCGUGGGUAUUGCUGGCCUGAACUACAUCUCUCUGGGUUUGGGUUUCUUCGUCGGAGCCCCCCUCUGUGGCAAGUCGGGCGACAAGAUCUACCGCAAGCUCAAGGCCAGAGAUCCCCGGGGACAAGGCAAGCCGGAAUAUCGCAUGCCGGUUGUCAUUCCCUUCUCCUUCUUCGUACCCGUUGGCCUCCUGGUGUACGGAUGGUCCGCGCAGGCCAAGACACAUUGGAUUGUGCCCAACAUCGGCUCCUUCAUCUUUGGUAUUGGAACCAUUGCCGCCUUCCAAUGCGUCACCACCUAUCUCGUCGACACCUACGCGAGGUUUGCUGCCUCGGCUGUGGCUGCUGUCACGAUUCUGCGAUCACUUGCCGGUUUCGGUUUCCCUCUAUUUGCACCUGCAAUGUACAGAGCCCUACAUUUUGGCUGGGGUAACACGGUGCUGGCACUGGCCGCCAUUGGUAUCGGCAUCCCUGUCCCGAUCAUCCUGUGGCUCUUUGGUGAAAAGCUGAGGAAGAGAAGCAGUCUCGCCAUGAAGGGACCUCCUCCGGGCAAGGGUGGUCCUGGCGGACCAGGAGGAAAGGGCCCCGGCGGUCCGGGAGGGCCUGGAGGUCCAGGUGGUCCCGGCGGCAAGGGCCCUGGAGGACCGGGCGGUCCCGGAGGUCCUGGUGUCAAGGGACCGGGUGGUCCAGGCGGUCCAGGCGGUCCAGGAGGUCCUGGUAAGCCUCCAGGGUACACGCAAUGAAACGACAGAACCAUGUCCGCGAAAACAUAAUUUCUAAUCACCAACACCCCCUGACCAUCUUUGUAUCUAUGUCAUCUAUCCGAGGGAGUUUUUUUUACUAUGUCAUCAUGGAAUGAGCGGGACUGGCGUUUUGCGGACAUGAAAGGAGAACUAUGUGACGCGCAAGAGCGCGAGCCGUGGGGGAUAUACAUAUACAUUCAUAUGUCAACUUUAUCGCAUCUUCGACCUGAUCAUGGUGCCCUGUGUUUGAAAAAGUGGUUGGUUUAUCAGUUUAGGAGGGUAUUGAUUGGAAACGGAUAGCAUGUCGAGGAUGAAAGACGAGUGCAGGAUUGGAAAACUCCCAUUGUUUUUCCUUGGUAGUUUUGAAAUCAGGCCGAAAAGAAGAAACCUUGCAAAUUCAAAGACGCCGAGAUGCAUGAAUUGUUUGCUUUGACUUUGGUCUCUCCUUGAACGUGUAGCGAAC